AUGAAGGCCGAUAUAAUGACCAAGCCGAUCACCGUCGUACAGUUCCAGAAACUUCGGACCAUGUUGGGCAUCAAGGCGCCACGAUCUUCCGAGGCGAGUGGUAGUGUUGUAAAAGAGACGUCUCGGCAUGACGUUUCAGAAAAGUGUUCUAUAGCUCAGCCGGUCUGGUAUGGCAGUAUCAUCCCAAAGGUCACUGGUUCGAUACCGGUGGGGCGUGCAGACAGUGAAGAAACGCACGACCAGAAUUAG